GACACAAUGAGCGCCGCCGGUGGUGACAAAUACCAGUACUUAGCUGCCAUAAGUGUAAACAUAAUUUCAAUUUCGUAUGGCGCAUUUUGUGGCUGGCCUUCGUCCAGUUUUCUGGAAUUGGCAGCAGAGAAUAGUCCUUUGGAGACUGGACCUCUGAGCCCCAAGGAUCAGGGAUGGGUGGCAUCGAAUAUUUGUUUGGGCGGGCUGUUCGGAACCUUUUUGUUCACCUGGCUGGCGGAUAAAAUCGGCAGAAAAUGGAGUCUCAUGUGGAUGGCAUUGCCGAAUUUGCUGGGUUGGGUAAUUAUACCCUUUGCCCGCAACCCAAUGCAUUUAAUAAUUGCUCGAUUUAUUGGCGGAGCUGCCGGCGGAGGAUGUUUCACUGUAAUACCCAUCUACAUUUCCGAACUUGCUUCAGACAACAUUCGCGGCACUUUGGGCGUCUUUCUGGUGCUCACUUGCAAUUUUGGCGUCGUCUUGGCCUUCAUCCUGGGCUACUACUUCAACUAUGCCCAAGUGUCCUGGAUCGUCUCCUCGCUGUCCUUCGUCUUUGUGGGCUGCUUUUGGUUCAUGCCGGAGACACCGCAGUACUUGGCCAAAACAAAUAAGGUCGAGGAGGCAGAGCACUCGCUGCGCUAUUAUCGCAACAUCAAGUCAAAUCCGGCCAAGGAACUGAGUGAGGAGCUGCAGCUGGAACUGCAGCAGCUGAAGACCACUGAGAAACCCGCUGGGGAUGCCGAUGAUGACGAUGCUGAAGCCACCGGAGUGACCUGGGCAGAUUUUGCCAAGGGCAAGACGCGCAAGGCUUUCCUGAUUGGAUUUGGACUGAUUAGCUUCAAUCAGCUGUGCGGAUGCUUCGCUAUGCUCAAUUAUACGGCUGUGAUUUUCGAGCAGGCGGGAUCGAGUCUGAAGCCCACGAUAGCUGCCAUCAUAGUGGGUGGCAUCCAGCUGGUGGGCACCUAUCUGUCUACCCUUUUGGUAGAUAAAUUGGGUCGAAAGCUGCUGCUCCUGGUUUCGGCAGUGGGCAUUGGACUUGGCCAGAGUGCCAUGGGCAUCUAUAGCUACCUACAGGUGACCGGCUACCACGUGGCCUCGUUCAGCUGGGUUCCCAUCGCCGGGUUCUCGUUUAUGCUGCUUCUCGCAGCCGUCGGCCUGCUAUCCUUGCCCUUCCUGGUGAUAUCGGAGAUAAUGCCCCAGAAGAUAAGGAGCACGGCGAUAAUGCUGCUCAUGUCGGUGCUCUGGCUGAUUUCCACCUGCGUAAUCAAGUUAAUGCCCGUUUUCACCGCAACACUGGGAAUGCACGGCACCGUCUUCAUGUUCGCCAGCUUAUCCUUCUCAGCAGCUGUUUUCAUCGCCAUCUUUGUGCCCGAAACAAAGGGCAAAACAGUUGAAGCCAUCUUGGCUAGCCUUUAGCGUUAAUAAUUAAUU